GUACCUCCUUUGCUUUAAGAAGUUCAGGUCCUAUAGAGGUUACCCCAGAGAUGGGGAGAAUAGUUGCUUUGCUCAACCUUUUGAUAACAUUCAGCCUCUUGAUGGCACCUGAAUCUUACCUGAAAGUGGUUUCCUCUCAAGAGCUGACUGGUAGUGAGUUUUUCAGCAGCAUCAAUGAGGCCAAGCAGAAGGUGGAUAAGGCAUAUACAUUAUCCCGGGAAAGAAUAAAGGAAAGUUUGAACGGGGCUCAUCUCAGCCCCUCUGACUUUCUGAAAUAUUUAAAAGCACCAGUGGCAGGAACCAGGACUGCAAUCCGAGCUGCAAAUUAUGUGGAAGCUGCCUUGAAUAUCUUAAAGAAGAAAAUGCAAAAUAAGUGUCCGAGACCAUUCAAUAUUACAGGUAUGAUGAAAAAAGUCGGGGAGACCUAUGAUGGUCCAUGA